ACAGACGGGGGACGAGCUGAGCACCGACUCAGGGUGUCCACCUCGUCGGAGCCUGGCAGGCAUCCUGCUUUCCUGCUCGCCUCCCAAACACGCUCUCGUCGUUUUUCCCCUCCAGGMAGCGGGGGCCGGGGCUGAGCCGUCCCUCCGAGAGCAGCACCAUGUGAGCAGGACCCUCGCCACCGCCGCAGCGGGCACGUCCAGGAUGUGAAGAGCUGCCCAGCUGCCAGCACUCUGUCGCUGCCCGACCGCUCCCCGGGCCGGAGACUUGCCGGCGUCCAUCGCUGGCCCAGGCCAGCAUGACCGAGGUGAAAGCCAAGGAGCCCCGAGCGCCUCCGCCUGCCACAGACGGGGCGGUCCUGCUGCAGGGUCAGCCCGGUCGAGAUCCCUUCCGCGGGCCAGCGGAGCCCAUCGACAUCUCCCUGGACGGGCUGCUUUACCCCAAGAGCAGCGACGAGGAGGAGGACGAAGAGGAGGAGGAGGAAGGGGAGGAGGAGGAAGAGCCGCAGCAGCAGCAUCUGGGGCAGGAGGUGGGCCGGGACUCCCUCUCCUACCAGCCAGGGAGCGGCUCCCUCUCGGUCAAGGACUCCCUGGACACCGUCCUGGACACCUUCCUGGCGCCUGCGGCUCAUGCCAGCUCCACCGUGGGCGCGGCGCCCUGGUCCUUCUUCGAGGCGGAGGAGGCGCCCGACGGCCCGAUGAGCAGCGGCACCUCGCAGAAGGCGGGCGAAGCCGCCCCGGGGGCGCCGGGCCCCUCACAGCCCCCGCCGCAGCCUCCCGCGCUCUGGCCGCCCGGCGACGCCCUGGCCCCCAAYGCUAAGCCGCGGCCGGCGGGGCCGGGGGGCGGCGCGGAGGGUGCCACCGCAGCCCCUAAGGGCGAUGUCCCCGGCGUCGGGGCGCUGCCCGGCGGGUCCCGGGCGGAGGAGCCGGGGCAGGAAUACCUGCACGUGCCGCUGCUGCCGCUCAACUCGGCCUUCCUGGCCUCGCGCACGCGGCAGCUGCUGGACGGGGCGGAGUACGAGAGCGGCGCGGUGCCGCGCUGCUCGCCCCCCGCCACGGAGCUGUCGCCCUACGGCUUCCCGCCGCCCGACGCCAAGGACGGGCCCUUCRCCUACGGCGACAUCCAGCCCGUCCUGAAGAUCAAGGAGGAAGGUCUCGGCCUCGCCGCUCGCUACCCGGGCGGMAGGGCCACCCCCGCGGCGGGCUGCCACGACUACCCGCCGGCUCCGCGGGCCGGGCAGGAGCCCUCGCUGGAGUGCGUCCUCUACAAGGCGGAGCCCACCCUGCUGUCCGGCGCCUACGGGCCGGCGGCGCCACCCGACAGCCUGCCCUCCACCUCGGCCGCGCCGCCGGGGCUGUACCCGGCCCUGGGGCUCAACGGGCAGCAGCCGCUCGGCUUCCCGGCCGCCGUGCUCAAGGAGGGCCUGCCCCAGCUGUGCCCGCCCUACCUCGGCUACUCGCGGCCAGAUACGGAAACCAGCCAAAGUUCUCAGUUCAGUUUUGAAUCUCUACCCCAGAAGAUUUGUCUCAUCUGCGGUGAUGAGGCUUCAGGUUGCCACUAUGGAGUACUUACCUGUGGAAGUUGUAAAGUGUUCUUUAAAAGGGCAAUGGAAGGGCAGCACAACUAUUUAUGUGCUGGAAGAAAUGACUGCAUAGUCGAUAAAAUCCGUAGGAAGAACUGCCCAGCAUGUCGCUUGAGGAAGUGCUGUCAAGCUGGUAUGGUCCUGGGAGGUCGGAAGUUGAAAAAGUUUAACAAAAUUAAGGUUGUGAGAACAUUAGAUGUUGCACUCCAGCAGCCAGCAACCCUACAAGAUGAAAGCCAGUCUCUAACCCAAAGGCUGUCCUUUUCUCCAAAUCAAGAAAUACAGUUUGUUCCCCCAAUGAUAAGUGUUUUACGAGGCAUUGAGCCAGAAGUUGUCUAUGCUGGUUAUGACAAUACAAAACCUGAAACACCAAGUUCCUUGCUGACCAGUUUGAAUCAUCUUUGUGAGAGGCAACUUCUUUGUGUGGUCAAGUGGUCUAAAUUGCUACCAGGUUUUCGGAAUUUGCAUAUUGAUGAUCAGAUAACCCUCAUCCAGUAYUCCUGGAUGAGUCUGAUGGUGUUUGCAAUGGGAUGGAGAUCAUACAAACAUGUCAGUGGUCAGAUGUUAUAUUUUGCACCAGACCUGAUUCUAAAUGAACAGAGGAUGAAAGAAUCAUCAUUCUAUUCCCUGUGUCUAUCCAUGUGGCAACUCCCACAGGAAUUUGUCAGACUUCAAGUUAGCCAAGAAGAGUUCCUAUGCAUGAAGGCACUGUUACUUCUCAAYACAAUUCCUUUGGAAGGUCUCAGAAGUCAAAGCCAAUUUGAUGAGAUGAGAACAAGUUACAUCAGAGAACUGGUGAAGGCAAUUGGCUUGCGCCAGAAAGGUAUUGUGGCCAACUCACAGCGUUUCUAUCAGCUUACAAAACUGAUGGAUUCCAUGCAUGAUCUGGUGAAACAGCUCCAUCUCUUCUGUUUGAACACAUUUCUCCAGUCCCGUGCACUGAGCGUUGAAUUCCCUGAGAUGAUGUCAGAGGUGAUUGCUGCCCAGCUACCCAAGAUUUUAGCAGGGAUGGUGAAACCUCUUCUCUUUCACAAGAAGUGAAAUGUCUUUUCUCUUAUCAUAGAGAUGAUUUUUGGGUUAUUUUUUGUUUGUUUAUUUUGGUCAAGAUUUUGCAAUGUUAGCAACUUCAGCAUAUUUGACAUAAUUACCCUGCCAACUGCUUUGUACCUGUAACAUACACGAGCCAUUCAAGCUUGUUGUACAUAUUGUGAGUUCUUGAUUCCUUAACUGCAAAAAUCACAAGAGUCAUAAGAAAUGUUUUGUAAASUUGUCUAGGCUGCUUUUUAGGUAUGCAUAUGAAUUCAAUGAAUUGACUUUCCAAAUUUCUAACAACAGUUACACAUUUCUCUUACAC